AUGAGACGAGCGCAGCAGAACAUCCCUGAAACACGUGAAUCCCUCGCCAGGCUGGCCCUUUUCCUUUGGGCAGCCUCGGAUCCCCCACCGGUGGCCGUCCUGGGUAGGGCGCCCGAGAACCGGGGCAUCUGGGACAGCUGUUUCUGCAGUGCCUCGUUUCAACUAGCAAGGCGGCUGGAAGGCUUUGCCAGGGCAUCAAGUUGGGAUCGCAUGGCAUACGCGACACUACUGGCAUGUGGUAACUCGGAAAGAGAGAAGGGCUUCGUCAAGAUAUGGGAUGCGUUUGGAGAUGGUGGCUGGUUCCGACAGGUCGACGGUCCUGAGCAUACACACCCCCCGGGAGGCUUCUACACAGAAAGGGGCAGCAUCAUUCCGCGGUGA